AUGUCAAGCACAACACGCCGUUGUUCCAAAGAUAAGAGAUUGUGCUCAGUGCAACUGUCUGUGUUGAUAAUGUCAUCCAAUAGGUCGAAAAAGAUGAUAGAGCUUGUUCAGGUUCGAAACCCGGCGCCACAACCGGCAACACAAGUUAGAGAACAUGAAUCGGUGCCAUCAACUGAAGUAGAGGUAACAAUUUCAAGUAACUUAUCGGCUUCAGUCAGCAAUGAAAAUCACCUUCAUAACACUACAGUCGUCCACGAUUACACUGAUGAGAGACAUUCAAAAUUUGAAUAUAGCGAUGGAUCUUCCAGUGAUAGUUCUCAAGCAGACUCUAGUGAUGAACAGAACAAAUCACAAGAUAACAUAGUUCAGGUAACUGCAGAAAGACAAUCAGGUCAAACAAACAUUAGUGAACCUGCGACACCAGAAGUUUCGCUAAAUAAAGAUAUCGGAGAAAAUACUACACCACAAGAAGAAAAGAAGAAGGGAAGAAAACGUAAACGGAAUGAAGACAGCUAG